AUGGAGAAAAAGUCACAUGUCCUGUGCUCUAGAUUGGAGCGGGCGAUUACCUCCUUCCUGUACAACGGGCCCACCGGUCGAUCGCGGGCGCUGGCGAUGGGGCUGCAGGUCCCACUUUGGUUUUGGACGCAUCAGAUCACCACAGAGACUGAGCGUGAGACCCGUGAAACGCAGAAAGUGGUCAAUCUCAUACGCUGGUUUCACGAAAAUGGCGCGGACUUGACACAAGUGGCGGUCAUUGUUCCUGGCGAGGCGAAAGUCAGGCUGCGGGACCAGCUGGCGGCCGCUUUGCAGAGCGCCAGGGAUGAUGCGCAGGGUGGCGCGCUGGAGGAACUUGGACUACCAACAGUCCUGGGGCCACAUGAAGUGACUGCAAUGAAUGCACGGGAUCAUGUUGUGCACCAGUACGAGGUGGUCCUCUACCUCCUCGCCCUCCCGCCCAGCAGCCGUUACUUGCCCGCAGUAAUGCAGCAGGAUCAAUUUAUUGGAGAUGCAAUUGCCAGUGCAAAAGGCGCCUUCAUUCUAAUUGCAGAUGCUGGAUGGACUUCCCCCCACCUCACUGUCCACUGGCCGCAGUGGAAAACAUUUGUGAUGAAACUUGAAGAGGAGGCACCAUCUAUUUCAUUCGAUGAGACAAUGAAAUUUCCAAGUGAUGCGAAAUUUCCGUCGCUGGUGGGUCACCGCAUUCCUUUGUGCUGCCCGAAGCACGUGGACCAGCGGCAACUGGAGCAUGGCAUUACACCUUUUUUUCGGACAUGCAAGCGACUGUGUCUGCAGCCAUUUACGUGUCAGAGGGAAGGGCACGUAUGUAUGGGACCGUGCCACCCACGGGUGUCGCAUGUGAGCUGCCCGUAUUCUUGUCAAACACAUAUGCCGUGCGGCCACGAGUGCCUACAGAGCUGUUCGGACCGGUGCAACUGUUUCGAAGUCGUUGAGCACCCCUUGCGGUGCUCUCAUGCAACCGUCAUCGGCAUAGAUCAAGCCACCAUGCAGCCCAUAUAUGCAACCGUUCGGCAUGUUUUUAAGGGGUACUGUGCAGACGUGGAUAUUCCAUGUGCAGUGGAGUUUGUCACGGAGUGCGCGCGGUGCCUGGGCCCUUUGACAACGACAUGCUCGGAGGCCACCCAUCAGAAUCAUACACUGGAGCACAAGACGAUGCUUUGUCCAAGCUGCAUUCGCCUGGAACGCGAGGUUCGGGCGAAGGUGCUGGGUGAGAUUCUUGUCCAAGCCGAGGAGGCGAAGCGGCGGAUGAAGGUGGAGGUGCAGCGGAGUUUGCACCACCAACGGAAGGCGUCUUCACAAGGUCUGUUUCAAGAGGGCAGCCGAGUCACGAUCUGCGAUAUUUCAAAGGUUGUCAAACCGCUCUGCGCAGAUGCGGACUUCCCUGGUGUGAAGUUUGUCGAUUAUGACGCGCCGGAUUCCCUUGCCGCCAUGGACGGUGCGUACGGGACAUUUGUCAGUCGCCACGUCGACAUUGACGACCUCAGCGAGGUGCGCAACCUCAUCCGCCUGCGCGACGGCCAGCAUGUGCUGGUGGCUGAUGGAGGGGUGCGUCUGAUACGCGCGCUUACGACCACCAUCACGCAGCAGGCCCCCACGCUUCUUCUUACGUACAAGAAUAGCGGAGGUGGCGGUAACGGGCAGUCGUCGUCGGCAGACGGCACAGCCUUCGCCAAAGCAAUUAAAAUGAUUGGGCGCUGCUACUACCUCGCGCUCCCUGUGCCGUUCGGUGACACCACAAUCUCCGACAAAAUUGUGCAUGUGACGGCAGUUGACCCCGCUUCACCGGAGAGCGUCUGUGUGGAGUGCCGUCUCACGUCCGUCAUUUCUCAUACCGAUGAGGGUCAUGACAUGAAGAACGCGAUCAAAAAGGCCCGUCUUGAAGAUGUAGGACAUCAACAACAAUGUCAACACCAACUUCGUGUUUCGGUAGAGACGGUGAAACUUACCGUUCCAGUAGCUGCGUUGGAGCCUAUGGAGGGAUACGCGGUAGGGAAGGAGGUGCUGGUGUUGGAGCCUGCGCGCCAAGUUAAGAAUCCCCACGACGUGGAGGCCUUCGAGGCGGUGCUUGCUCAGACGCCCGGGUUGGAUCUAAAAGGCUCGGUGAUUUCGACAGUGCCGGUAGGCAGGGACACGCCGUUCAUCCUGCUGGGCGUUGUGAACCCCCCGUCGAACCUUGAAAAGGCAUACGGCCCGUGCGCUGUGCUCCGGCGGCACGUGCGGCUCGUGACGGUGCGGUCGGGACGUCGUUGCAAAGGUGCCAACAACCACACCCCCGCUGUGCAGUAUGUGUCGAACAACAAUACAGAGGACGGCGUGGUGGUACUCGUCCCGUUUGUUUUUACCGCGGCCGAUGAGCUUCUGGAGGCGGAAAACUCGCUUGACGCAGCGGCACUGGAGAAGUUUGAGCAGCGUGUGCGGGACACCAUCGCCGAGCGGAGCGAGGAGCUGGCGAUCCGACACGACGAGGAGGCCUUCCACCAGCAGCGACAGAUGGCGGAGGUAACGGAGGAAGUAGUCUCACAGGACCGCGUGGCGUACAGCAGCCCAAUCUCGCUUCCCACACCAGGGUAUCUGGCAUGUGUUCGUACGAGGCAUGCACGAUUGCUCUGCGCAUCGGCCACAUCGCUGCGCUUGGCUAAGCAAAAGGAUUUACUCCUGUCAAAGCAGCAACAGUUGGGUCUCGUAAAAUGGGUUGAAGCAAUGCUCCUACACCAUACCCAGGAUGCGGAGGCAAAUAUGGCCUACUUUAAGGGCUUACAACUAAAGGCUGCUGCUUCCAAAUAG